AUCAUAGAUAUGACCUAAAAGGGUUUCAACCAGGGCAGGGCAACGAAAGUUUUAGGGACUAGACUGGCAGACCACACUGCAUAGCAAUUUUUUGGGAUUUCGCUCGCUUGUAGCCAUGCAGUACUAGUAGAUGACUUCUGAUCAAUGGUGUUUUUGGUAUGGAUCCAGGUAGAGAGACCAAUGGCUGCAUAGUUGAUCUUGGAAGGGCAGGGGAACCUGGUGAAGCAGCAAAGCUAAUUCAUGAAAUGGAAUAUGAACCUGAUGCCAUGGCCUGGAGAACUUUGCUUGGAGUCUGUAGGGCUCACCGGAACAUGAAUCUAAGUGUAUAUGUAGCCAAACAAAUCUUAAAACUGGAUCCCAGUGAUGCAGGAACCCACAUACUUUUAUUGUAUAUGUAUGUGAACUCUCAGAGGUGGGAAGUUGUUGCCGAAGUGAGUACCAUGAUGAGCAGAAGAGUGAAGGAACUGGGUGUAGCUGGAUUAACGUAAACAAGGAGAUACUUUCUUCCACAUUGAGGGACUAUUCACACUCUCCAAUUUUAAUAAGAUCAGUUGGAGCUGAACCAGUUGAUUUGGAAAUUACAGGAAAGGGGUGAUGUUCCAGACACAAAUUGUCUUGCAAUGUCUUGAAGGGGAACAACGAAAUAUUUGCUCGUUUACAACGCUGGAGAAACUGUUGUGUUUCGUAUGAUGAACUUGACAUCGGCGCUGCGGAGCAGACUAUGAGGAGCAGGAAAAACCUCAGGACAUGUGGAGACUGUCAUGCCUUUUCAAAAUCUGUUGACUGAGAUGGGAGUGUCGGAGCAUUUUCUUAAGGGGUCCAAUCCGUACCAUCAAUUGCAUGAUGGAGUGUGCCCUUGUGGGGAUCAUUGGUAGCAGGAGACGAUGUUAUGAGGCUUCAUUACCAGCAGUACUGCAACGCAAAGGACACCAUUUCUGCUCAUACUUUCAAGUCAAAUACACAGGCCGAUCUCUCUGAUCCUCCAAAUCAUUCAUGCAGUGCUGUAGCAAUGCCCAACGAUUUUGCGGUUUGUUGGGUUAUAUUAAUAGAAUCAGAGAUGAUCAGUAAUAUUGGCGGGGUUAUGGUCUAAUCAAAGGGCACACUAUGAAUACGACCCGUAGACGCUUCUCCAACUCUCACAACCUCAAGAGAGAAUUCUCGAAAAAUUCUAUCAUACUUCAUGCAGUUAUUAUUAUUCCUGCAAAGUCUACCCAAAGGUUCAGGCCAGAUUGUAGGAAGUGGGCGAUAUAUUUUUAUAUUUCUAUGAGAAGCUGUAUGUGCUUCUCACAGCACCUACGGUUCCUAGUUGUGAAUCGUUGGCGUAUCACAAAGAAGGCGGAUAGCUAGCCUUAGUCUUCCUGUUGCUAAGCGCAAGGGUAAGACUAUUUAUAGAUUAUUUAUAGAUAUUAAGACUCUUUCCUCAUCUUGUUAUUCCUGACCGAAUAGAAUUACGUAAGGACGAACUUCUCUCAUUAUCAGACUAUCACUAUCAGACUAUUAAGUGACCUGGAAAGUAAAGUCUUUGUUCCUUCCCUCCUAUGUUGUAAAUAAGGCAACAGCCUGAUUGUCCCCAUUGAGAGAUGCUGGAAGUUGCGACACUUAACAAAUCCUUAUUAAGGGCCUAGCUUAAUUCCAU